AUCAACUCGUAGGGAAUAAAAGUCUGCCCCAAAGUUCUCUGCUUUCCCAUUCAGAAAUCUCACGCAAUUUCCCUGAGAUUUUUCUUCCUUCAAAACCACCGGCGACCUCUCCUUCUCCAAGAUUGUUUCUUCUUAAUCUGGCCAACUAUCCACCUCAAAUUACACGCACAACACACACUAGUUCGCCUGUAACUUUUAAUUUUGGGUUUGAGUAAGUUUAGAGAAGUGAUGGGUGUGAUGAGCAGCCGGUGCUCCCACACUUCGCAUAUCACUGAAAUCAUCAUCACCAGCUUCUUUCGCCACAAAAUUUGAAGGUUUACUUCUUUAGAUAGCUCUUUAAGGAGAUUCAGGUAAAGGGUUUAGUGGGAAAAGGAAUUCUGCCACAAAUUCAAGAAUCAGUUCCAGAAAUGGCGGAUUCUUGAAAAUUACCGGUAGUUAAUUGUUCUGCUCCGAGUGAAACUAUUCAGAUAUGGCGGUUCGCCGGGUGGUCUACGGGGGCGGUGAUUCUCUGGAUCCAACGCAGAAACUUAAGAUUUCUUCCCAUGAUCAGCAGCCUCUUGAUUCUGUGUUUGCAUCUGCUCCUUCAAAGCCUUUUCUUGUUUCAGGCUCAAGGGCAAUGCUCAGUUUUGGAUCUGUUGGUGGAGCAAACAGAUCAGGGAACUUGUUUUUUUCAUCAUCUGACCAAGAAGAGAGUGGAGAUGAAUACUUGGAGGAGUACUUCAGUCAACCAGGAAAAAAGAGGCGUCUUUCAGCCGACCAAAUCCAGUUUCUUGAGAAGAGUUUUGAGGCCGAGAAUAAGCUUGAACCAGAAAGGAAGAUCCAGCUUGCAAAGGAGCUAGGAUUGCCGCCCCGACAAAUCGCAAUAUGGUUCCAAAACCGCAGGGCUCGCUGGAAGACGAGGCAGCUGGAAACAGAUUACGACACGUUACAUGCAAGCUAUAUGAGCCUGAAAACCAACUACGAUAACCUUCUUAAGGAGAACGAGAAACUGAAAGCGGAGGUUCUUCGUCUAAAAGACAACGGACUUGCCAGAGAUACAGACAAAGCACUGUUCCAGGAAAUGCUUAAAGAAACAAUUGCUGAUAUGAUUUCUCAAGACGAAGAAUCCAAAGUGUCAGCAGUGGCUUUUAAGAAUGAAGAUCAAAGCUUAGAAUCAGGCGACUCAUCUCAUGUUGUUGAGCCUGACCGCUCGGAUUUAUCGCAGAAUGGAGAAGACGACUUGAACGAGGAAUUGUUGCAGCCUGAUUAUAUGUUUCAUAAGAUCGAAGAUGCUCAUCGUCAUCAUCCAGCUAGUUCCUUUUACUGUGGAUUUCCAGCUGAAGACCACAUCUUCAGUUUCUGGUCAUAUUGAGCUCUACUCGUAUAUCACCACAACCCCUAUAAUUUCUUCUUGCUUCAAGCAUGUUCAAAUCAGUAUACUGAAUAACACUUUCCAAUCUUGUGGUCCGGUCAUGUUUCUAUGACUUGUAUGUACUCUUCAACACUUUUUUCUGAAACAUGUCUAAGCCUCUGCUGUGUCUGUGAGUUUAAGUUGCUUUCUUUGUUUCUAAAUGACAGACAAAGACAGAGAUAAGUGUGCAUCUCUGAAAGUAUUAGUGUUUGGCUUUUGUACUUUUUGUAUCAGCAUAAGACAAAUAAUGACGAUAACUUAGGACAGAAUUGUGAGUUAUGCAAACAUUUUGGCUGCUUUGAGGAUUUCACCAAAA